CGGGUGGGCGGGAACACGAGUACGCGGGCCACCAAGCGGGCCUGCCAGGUGUAUGUCCGGGUAUGGUGGGCCAAGGGGCGCUCGGGUGCUGUGCGCCCGUCGACCCCGCGCUACUUUCUGCUGCCUGAGAGACCGAGGCCACCCUCAGGGCCCUACCCGGGCGGGGGCCGGCGACGUACGUGGGUCUGACAGCUGCCCUAACCCGGGUGCCCCCAGCUGUGCGGAGGCCUCAGCAGUGGCAGCAGCGAGAGCCGCCCGCCCGGCGGCUGCAGAGGUGUGAUAGGGGUGUCAGCUGCGCGGCAGGGCCCGAGGUGAUGCCCAUCCCUGUCUCCGGGUUGAGCCACAGCCUGCGGGAGUCCCGACCUGCGGUUUCUGGGAACGGCCACACACAACCCAGCUGUACCAGCAUGUGCCGGAGACACGCUGGCCCAUCGUGUACUCGCCGCGCUACAACAUAACCUUCAUGGGCCUGGAGAAGCUGCACCCCUUUGAUGCAGGAAAAUGGGGCAAAGUGAUCAGCUUCCUAAAAGAGGAGAAGCUUCUGUCAGAUGGCAUGUUGGUGGAGGCGCGCGAGGCCUCAGAUGAGGACCUGCUGGUGGUGCACACUCGACGUUAUCUCAAUGAGCUGAAGUGGUCCUUUGCUGUCGCAACCAUCACUGAAAUCCCCCCUGUCAUCUUUCUCCCCAACUUCCUUGUGCAAAGGAAGGUGCUGAAGCCCCUUCGGACCCAGACAGGAGGAACCAUAAUGGCAGGGAAGCUGGCCGUGGAUCGAGGCUGGGCCAUCAAUGUGGGCGGAGGCUUCCAUCACUGCUCCAGCGACCGGGGUGGGGGCUUCUGCGCCUACGCGGACAUCACGCUCGCCAUCAAGUUUCUGUUUGAGCGAGUGGAGGGCAUCUCCAGAGCCAUCAUCGUUGAUCUCGAUGCCCAUCAGGGCAAUGGGCAUGAACGGGACUUCAUGGGUGACAAGCGUGUGUACAUCAUGGACGUCUACAACCGUCACAUCUACCCUGGGGACCGCUUUGCCAAGCAGGCCAUCAGACGGAAGGUGGAGCUGGAGUGGGGCACAGAGGAUGAAGAGUACCUGGAUAAGGUGCGGAGGAACCUCGAGAAAGCACUCCAGGAGCAUCCGGCCGACGUGGUGGUGUACAAUGCGGGCACUGACAUCCUUGAGGGCGACCGCCUUGGGGGGCUGUCCAUCAGCCCCCAGGGCAUCAUGAAGCGGGACGAACUGGUGUUUCGGGUGGUCCGCGGCCACCAGGUGCCAAUCCUCAUGGUGACCUCCGGUGGGUACCAGAAGCGCACGGCCCGCAUCAUCGCCGACUCCAUCCUUAAUUUGUAUGGCCUGGGGCUCAUUGGGUCCGAAUCACCCAGUGUCUCAGCACAGAACUCAGACACACCUCUGCUGCCCCCGGAGGUGCCCUGACCAUGCAGCCCUCCUAAGCAGCUCCCUGUCUGCCUCUGCCCGGCCCUACCCUCAGUGCUUCUCCUUUUCUAACCGCACAGGGUGCUGGGGGCAGCGUCAGGGGUGCUGAGGGACAGGGCCCUGUCCCGGCCUGGUCUGGCCUUAGGGGCCUCCCGAGGGCAGCUCCCCCACAGUCCCCACUGGAUGUUGGAGGGUCUCCAGGCCCCUGCGUGGGUGGGAGCAGAAAGCAGGGCCUGAGCCCCUGGAAGGCCCCACAUGGGGUCACGGGUCUGCCCAGGCACUGCAGAGGCAGGCAGUUUGCCCAGAAGGAAGGAGGGCAGGUGAGGUCAUAGGGAGGCCCCCAGGGAUUAGGGUGUCCUGGUUUUCAAAAAUGGCAGACACAUUUCAGAAAGAAUAAGCUUCCAUUUCUGCCAUGGUUGGGCCUUUCCCCCUCCUCUUCAGUCAUGUGACUUGUUCCACUUUCUCCUCCUGCUGCAGGCAGGGUAAGAGGCACUGUGGGCGCCCGUUGGAGUGGGCUGGGGAGCCACAUGCCAGAGGCAGACCUCUGUGGGGGCCCUGCAUUCCUGGCCGGCAGGCAGGAGGCCUGGUCCUGGACGUGAGGGCGCUGGGGUCGGGGGUUCAGGGGGUUUUCCCAUCUGGCAUCCCCCUUCAAUAAAGCAGGAGUUGGACCUGCUUUCCCAGAGCCCCUCAGUGGUGAUGAGGGGAGGGGAGGCCUGAGGAGCCCCGAAUCCAUGGUUCAGCAAUGUCUUGCCUGUUCAGGUGAAGUGGCAGGUUUUGGGGGCAGAAUACUUGACUCAGGGAUGGGCCUCAGCACUGGGGCUUAAGGGGCGCCUCACCGUGGUGGUGAGGUGGCAGGAGAAAGGUGAGGCACAGCCAGGAAAACUAGGAUGUGGGCAGGUGGAAGCUGGGUCUGCAGAGUGUGAGGCCCCAGGCAGGGACCACGGGGCCGGGGAGGCCAGGCGGGGCCUCCUGGAGGGAGAGCAGAGGGUCCCCGUCACGGCCUGCGGGUCGUAAGGGUAGGGGCAGUGGUGGGGCCCUGGGUGGGGCUGCAGCCGCCAUUGGCCGCACCCAGAGUACCCAGGUGGUGGUCAUCUCCCUGACCGUGGUCCCAAGUGGGCCCUGACCUCUGAUCUGAGAGAUGCCCAGACCCUGACCUUGUCCUGAACUCUACUCUGAAGGGGACACUUGGGGCCCUAGGGAGCUGGGGGGGCAUCACCCCUCCAUUGCCUGGGUGUGUUCUUAAUGAUCAAAGGUGGGGGUGCGGUGGACCUGGGCCAUCCCCAUUCCUGACCAGCCCCAUCUGUGGCACUCGUGUUCAUUACCAUCUGGGGGUACCCCUGCAGCAUUGUCCUUUCUCCCUCACCUCUCCCUCUCCUGGGGAGAGGGGUUCCAAGACCACCAACGGUCAAAAGCACUGAGGUCCUGGACCAGACCCCGAGGCACUGACCACACACUUGGACCCCCUCCCCUGCCCCCUGCCCUUGCUGCCAUCCUAUCUGUAUCUGACUCGAGGCGCCUAACAUCCCUUCAUCUCCAACUCAGGCAUGCGUCUCCUGGGGGCAGGCGGUGGAUACGCUUUGUCACUGUUGAGCUUCUGUUUGUAGAGAACCAUAAAGACUGCUCUUGAUCGGA